AUGACAGCCACUGCAGCAGAUUCCAUCGGAUUCAUUGGCCUGGGAGCCAUGGGGAUGUGGAUGGCAGUGCGUUUGGCUGAGAAGCUCCCAAAGUCAACAAAACUUCACGUCUAUGACAUCGUUCCUUCUCUGGUUGAGGAUAUCUGUGCUCGAUAUCCCGAUAAGAUCAUUCGAGGUUUCAGUGGGAAAGGUGUGGCAGAUAAAUCGGAAGUGAUAAUUACAAUGCUUCCCGAAGGCAAACAUGUCAAAUCUGUCUACCUCGGCCCUGAUGGAAUCUCCUCCGGGGAUAUCGAGGGUAAAUUGCUCAUUGAUUGUUCCACUAUCGACACGGGGAGUUUUCUCGAAGUCAAGAAAACCAUCAGCCAGAGUUCCCCCAGUAGUCGACUGUUCGACGCACCCGUCAGCGGAGGAGUAAUUGGCGCACAGAAAGGGACCAUCGCAUUCUUCCUCGGCUGCGCAGAAGACAACAAAGAAAUCCCACAACUCACUGUGCUGCUGUCGCUCAUGGGAAGCAAAGUCAUUCCGUGCGGUGGCCCAUCUCUCGGUCUGGCAGCUAAGCUAUCAAACAAUUAUCUCUCCGGAAUCAUUGCCAUCGCCUGUUCCGAAGCCAUGGAUAUGGGAAUGCGAUCCGGACUCGAUCCGCGUGUACUUGCAAAGGUGUAUGCGGCCGGGACUGCGCAGAAUACCAUCUGUGAUCGGUUUUGUCCUGUUCCCGGUGUGUAUCCCGAAGCGCCUUCCUCGAAUGGGUAUCGGAAUGGAUUCAAGGUGCAGCUGAUGAAGAAGGACUUUUCACUUGCACUGGACAUGGCGCAGAAAGUGGGAUCCCAGAAUGUGCUUGGUAAUGCGGGGCUGAGGACGUAUGAGGCGGCUAGCGAGGAUGCGCGAUGCAGAGAUUUGGAUUCUCGGGUUGUCUUUCGCUAUCUGGGGGGAAAUGAGAAUUGGAAGGCUCAGGAGUAG